AUGGUGGCUGCCGCUCCUUACUACGCGGCUGCGUACUCAGCUGCUGUCACUGUCACUUCGAUCGUGAAGCAUGCUCCGACUUCAGUUGCUUCCAGCGGAGCUCCUGUUCCUUACCAUAAUUCUACCGGCAUCUAUGGCACCAUCUCUGCCACCACUCAGUGGGUGUACGAGACCGUUACGGUGUGCCCUUGCACCGAUUCACUAGCCUCGCUCCCGACGCCUGUCUGCACGAACCCCAACGGACCCUACGACAACCCGUACGACACCUCUUCCUUGCCAUUUUCAUGGCCGGGCCUGCCGACCGCUGGGCAAACCACUCCAGGACCAAAGCCGACUCCUCCAUACCCUUAUGGAGGUAAGAAUGGGAACUCCUACGUAGCUCCCGCUUGGGUUCCCAAGGGUUGCUCUUCUCUAGUCCCAUCACUCCCGCAAUCCGACACCAACGGCGAUUCUCCGUGGGGUUUAAUCGGUUACCCACAUCUGUCUAUCAGCCUGCCAUGCACCGGCGAGGUCUCCCCCACUCUUCCACCAUUUCCCACUGGUACUGCCACCGUCACCGGCAGCGCCACAGGCACUGGAUCCAUCUUUACGGGCACUGGAGCCAUCUCUACGGGCACUGGGUCUAUCUCUGCGGGCACUUCUGCCACCGCAUCGGCUACGUCAGCUUCUGCCUGUGGUAAAAUCCCGGAUACUGGUGUAACGCGAUCCUACGAUUUUCACGUUUCUUACCAGACCAUUGCGCCCGAUGGUGUGAAGAAGAACGGUCUCGUUGUCAACGGCCAAUUCCCUGGUCCUCUUGUUGAGGCUAACUGGGGUGAUACGAUUGAGAUUAAGGUUACCAACGACCUCCCCAACGAAGGAACCGCUAUCCAUUUCCACGGCUUCACCCAAAAGGGUACCCCAUGGUAUGACGGUGUCCCAGCUGUUGCUCAGUGCCCUGUUGCUCCCACCAAGGAGUUCACCUUGACUUUCCGUGCGGACCGUUACGGUUCUUCGUGGUACCACAGUCAUUACAGCGCUCAGUACGCUGGCGGUGCUCUUGGUCCUGUUGUCGUUCAUGGUCCCAGGACCGCGGAGUAUGACAUUGAUAUCGGCCCAGUCCUUGUCUCUGAUCAUUUCCACCAGGAUUACUACACGCUCAUCAACCAGACCAUGCAGGCUAACUUCCCGCCGUCCAACAACAACUUGAUCAACGGAAAGAUGAACUACCCUUGCGAAAACACCACGCUUCCUUGCACACCGAAUGCUGGUAUCUCCAAGUUCAGGUUCCAGUCUGGCAAGAAGCAUCUCCUCCGUAUCAUCAAUACCUCUGCUGAGGGUACCGAGAAGUUCAGCAUUGACAACCACACUCUGACCGUUAUCGCCAACGACUUCGUCCCCUGCAAGCCGUACACCACCAACGUGGUCACUCUCGGUGUUGCGCAGCGUGCUGAUAUCAUCGUCGAAGCUAUUGGAAAGCCAACCGACGUCUACUGGAUGCGCGCUCAGCUCGGAACCAACCGCUGCACCCUGAACGACGGUGUCUCCCCCAACGCUGUCGCUGCGGUCUACUACGAGGAUGCCGAUGACACCACUCUUCCCGACACCAAGUCGGACGUCACUGCCGACCAACUUGCUGUCUGCAAGAACGACGCUCUCAACACCACCGAGCCCUACUGCCCGGUCGGCAUCGCUGCCACCCCGGCAACGACCGAGCAAGUCGACAUCACCUUUGCGUCCAACGGCACCAACUUUGUCUGGUUCUUGAACAACGUCACUUUCCGCGGCGACUACAACGCGCCCGUGCUUCUACAGGUCAACCAGGGCAACGAAACUUUCGAACAUGACUGGAACGUUCACAACUUCGGCUCCAACUCCUCAGUCCGCGUGAUCUUCAAGAAUCACGCCCUUCUCGGUGGCCACCCCAUGCAUCUUCACGGUCACGACUUCCAGGUUCUCGCUGAGGGCUUCGGCGACUGGGACGGCAAGAUCGUUAACCAGGCUAACCCCACCCGCCGUGACACGCACAUCCUCCAGAACGCACAGGACGCUGACACGCCUUCUUACGCCGUCUUCCAGUGGGAGAAUGACAACCCGGGUGUGUGGCCGUUCCAUUGCCAUCUUGCGUGGCAUGUGUCUGGUGGCUUGUACAUGAACGUGUUGGAGCAGCCUGAGGAGAUCAAGGCGUUGAAGUUGGACGAUGACAACUUUGAGGGCUGUAAGACCUGGGACGCCUUUACGAACAAGAACAUCCCAGAUCAGAUUGAUUCCGGUUUGUAA